AUGGCAACCACCCCACCCCCACGUUCUCCGAUUGAGUGCCCUGGCGCUCCGCUCUGGCCUGCUAAGUAUGAGCAGCCUCAUGAAGUCCGUCGUUCUGGCCGACUAGCUAGCCAGAAACCCAAGGGUGAGCCAUCGACCCCGCGUCGAGACCAAAGAAUAACCCCUCCCCCUACCGCAAAGAAAGACAAGUCCGUUGGACGCAGUCUCUCUGGUGCAAAUGCUCCACAAACCCCCCUGAAGAAGAAGGCUGUUAUGCCCGUUACUCCGGUCUCUGUUGCAAAAAAGUCUGCUAAGGCGGCAUCUCUUAUUUCUAAAUUCUCUUUGGAUCAACGCUCCGACAACCCCAUCGCAAUUUUCGAGGAUUCUAACGCCCGUCUUCCAGAAGCUAUUGGCGAGGAUGAAGAUGACGUCUUCAAAGGUGAUGAAAAAGAAACCAAGUGUAGCAAGGUUGCUCCUGUUGAGGAAUUCACUGAACCAAACGAAGAAGGGAUGAUGGUUGUCCAACGUGGACGACGCACCUGGAAAAAAUUUGAGGAAAAUCCCAUCUUCACUGGCCCACUCCCACGCAAAAAUCUUUUUGCAAACUACCCUAAGGUUUCCAAGAAGAAGGCCCAAGCUCCUAUGCCUGAAGACACCCUCGCCCCUCUCGCUACUGACGAUGAGGAGACUGAGCGAGAGGAUUCUCCGGAGCCUAGCGGUCGCAUUGUUCGUUUCGAAGAGACUAAAACCAAGGUCUCUACAUCUGUCUCUACGUCUGUCACUACUACGUCUGUCACCACAUCUCGUGCUAUCGCCACUCCGGUUUCUGUCAAAAAACCUAAGACGCCCCGCCAUGUCAAAAAGGACGUCGCUAUCGACACGGCCUUUAUGACCCCUCCUGAGACUUUGGGACGUGUCCACACCAUCGACGUCGAUGCCGCGGAGUCUGCUGGAAGAAACACGGUCAAGCGCAAGUUGUCUUACGCGACAACUGGCCCUGCGACACCAGAAGCCACCCCGGCCAAGAAACGUGGCAAGGCGGCAUCUGGGACCUCAGUCCCACGCACGGAUGAUCCAUUCGCUUCAUCCCCAACUCGUGCCCGCCGCAGUAGUGGGAAACCUCGUGUCUAG